AUGACCAACACAACCAGCACAUCCAAUUCCCGCCUACAGAACGACUUCGGCGCCGAUCUCUGGGUCAAGGAUCGGCCUAAACACCACGCAACCGCAGGCCGAGGCCUCUUCGCGGGGCUGCAGGACACGAAGCGCUACAAUGUCGACUCCGGGUGGGCGAAGCGCAGCACCGCCGACUCGUCGCAGGGGCUGUUUGGGCUGUUGUGGAGUCGGUUCACGGGGGGUUCGUACCGGCCUCCGACGGAUUAG